CCCACAGACAUUUCGCUACCUCAAACCGAACUUUCAACCCACGACGAGAACUUGAAGCUCCAGUCUCCGUUAGAACGGUACGUGAUUAUUUUGCGACUAGGCCACUGUCGCUUAAUUUCUAAUUCUCUUAGGUUAAAUCGAUUGCGCUCCUGUUCCUACCCAGAAACACCCUUCGACAAACACAUUCAAAAUGAAGCACCUCGCGGCAUACCUCCUUCUCGGACUCGGUGGUAACACCUCCCCCUCCGCUGCCGAUGUCAAGGCCGUCCUUGAGUCCGUUGGCAUUGAGGCCGAUUCUUCCCGUCUCGACCAGCUCAUCUCUGAGCUCGAGGGCAAAGACAUCAACGAGCUGAUCGCUUCCGGCUCUGAGAAGCUUGCUUCCGUUCCCUCCGGCGGUGCCGGUGGUGCUGGCCCCUCCGCUGGUGGUGCCGCCGCCGCUGGUGGUGCUGCUGACGCGCCCGCUGAGGAGGCCAAGGAGGAGGAGAAGGAGGAGUCCGAUGACGACAUGGGCUUCGGUCUCUUCGACUAAGCGCAUCGCCAACCGGAUACCCCACCAACAUCAACGAAGUAUGAUCACGCCAAUCUCUCGACAAAAAACGAGAAUCAUGCGGUAUGAACACGAGCCUUGGGCGGUGUCGAGCGUGCUGUGGGGAGGACAUGAAGAACAGUUGGGCGACAAUCCUCCGAUGUUUGUCUGCUAGGAUACCCUGAAUGAAGCCAUGCACCCUCACCACCUUUAUUUGAUCUUCUGAGUGAUUGAUGAGUGACCAUGAACUGCUUGUUGACUAAAAUGAUUGCUGGACAAGCAUAGUGACAAAGCUUGCGACCGAAGGCCGGUUUGAAGACGAGCGGUUGUCAAGUCGUCACUCAAUACUAUAUGUACGAGCAAUGACAUCGUCAGACCUGAUGUGG